CCCGGGGUCCCGACGCCCGCCUCGCGCUCCCCACUCCGGUAGCUCUCCCCACCUCGUGCAUCUCCUUCAGCGAGCCAGCAGGCAGUGUGCAGCCACCAUGUUCAGCUGGCUGAAGCGGGGAGGGGCUCGGGGCCAGCAGCCCGAGGCCAUCCGCACGGUGACCUCGGCACUCAAGGAGCUGUACCGCACCAAGCUGCUGCCUUUAGAGGAGCACUACCGCUUCGGGGCCUUCCAUUCACCAGCCCUGGAGGAUGCCGACUUUGACGGCAAACCCAUGGUGCUGGUGGCUGGCCAGUACAGCACGGGCAAGACCAGCUUCAUCCAGUACCUCCUGGAGCAGGAGGUGCCCGGCUCCCGCGUGGGACCCGAGCCCACCACCGACUGCUUCGUGGCCGUCAUGCAUGGUGACACCGAGGGCACGGUGCCUGGCAACGCUCUCGUCGUUGACCCGGACAAGCCCUUCCGCAAACUCAACCCCUUCGGGAACACCUUCCUCAACAGGUUCAUGUGCGCCCACCUCCCCAAUCAGGUCCUGGAGAGCAUUAGUAUCAUCGACACCCCAGGCAUCCUGUCGGGUGCCAAACAGAGAGUGAGCCGCGGCUAUGACUUCCCAGCCGUGCUGCGCUGGUUCGCUGAGCGGGUGGACCUCAUCAUCCUGCUCUUUGAUGCUCACAAGCUGGAGAUCUCCGACGAGUUCUCGGAGGCCAUCAACGCCCUGAGAGGCCACGAGGACAAGAUCCGCGUGGUGCUCAACAAGGCCGACAUGGUGGAGACGCAGCAGCUAAUGCGCGUCUACGGGGCGCUCAUGUGGGCGCUGGGCAAGGUGGUGGGCACGCCCGAGGUGCUGCGUGUCUACAUCGGCUCCUUCUGGUCCCAGCCCCUCCUGGUGCCCGACAACCGGCGGCUCUUCGAGCUGGAGGAGCAAGACCUCUUCCGCGACAUCCAGGGCCUGCCACGCCAUGCCGCCUUGCGCAAGCUCAAUGACCUGGUGAAGAGGGCCCGGCUGGUGCGGGUUCACACAUACAUCAUCAGCUACCUGAAGAAGGAGAUGCCGUCCGUGUUUGGGAAGGAGAACAAGAAGAAGCAGCUGAUCCUCAAGCUGCCCGUCAUCUUUGCUAAGAUUCAGCUGGAGCAUCACAUAUCUCCCGGCGACUUUCCUGACUGCCAGAAGAUGCAGGAGCUGCUGAUGGCUCAUGACUUCACCAAGUUCCACUCACUGAAGCCGAAGCUGCUGGAGGCGCUGGAUGAGAUGCUGACCCACGACAUCGCCAAGCUCAUGCCCCUGCUCCGGCAGGAGGAGCUGGAGAGCACGGAGGUGGGCGUGCAGGGGGGCGCUUUCGAGGGCACCCACAUGGGCCCGUUUGUGGAGCGGGGGCCUGACGAGGCCCUGGAGGACGGUGAGGAGGGCUCGGACGACGAGGCAGAGUGGGUGGUGACCAAGGACAAGUCCAAGUACGACGAGAUCUUCUACAACUUGGCGCCAGCCGACGGGAAGCUGAGUGGCACCAAGGCCAAGACCUGGAUGGUGGGUACCAAGCUCCCCAACUCUGUGCUGGGGCGCAUCUGGAAGCUGAGCGACGUCGACCGAGAUGGCAUGCUGGAUGACGAGGAGUUCGCCCUGGCCAGCCACCUUAUUGAGGCCAAGCUCGAGGGCCACGGGCUGCCCACCAACCUGCCCCGCCGCCUAGUGCCACCCUCUAAGCGGCGCCACAAGGGCUCGGCCGAGUGAGCCAGCCGCUGCCUGCCGGCCCUCCCUCCCACUUGCCCUGCUGUGGCUCCCCAGCUCUGGACAGCUGCACGCACCCCCCCCCCACCCCUGUCCACACACGUCCUGCCUGCCCACUCCCCUGGCUGUAAGGAUGGGGGUCCCUCCACCCCCAAGCCAGACAGUGGGGACCAGGGGAAGGGCAAGACUUCUCUGCCCACCUUUCACAGCUCUACCCUCACAUACACUUGGCAUGUCGUACCAACACUAAUACACACACACACACACACACACACACAGAAGCGUCCAACUGUGCAUCAGUUACUCAAAUAUUUAUUGAGCACCUACUCUGUUCAUACAUUCAGGGCUCCUUCUAGGCACUGGGGAUUACAGCAGAGAGCAACGCACACGUAUAUACCUUCCCCGAUGGAGCUGACAUUCUCAGGAGAGAGCGCCUACAUAGUCACUCAAACACGCACACACAUACCCGGACCUAACCAGUCUGAUCCCUGAUUCUGAGCAAGACCUCUGGCCUCUCCCCAUAAGUGAGCGUCCACUUGGUUGAAAUGACUAACUGACUUUUUCCCCUCCCUUCUCAGCCCACUUCCUCUUGCCUAGCCAGGCAAGGACCCUCCAACCCAUCAUGUCCUCAGGCUUCGGGACCACUGGGGGCUCAGAGGGGAGACACAACCUCCUACUUCCUCAGAGGGACCCCUCUUGCCCCCCCCCAGUUCUGGCCACACCCCUUUCUUUCAUAAGGAUCCUCAGUCAACAGAAAAGCCCCUUCUAUCGCUGCUCCUCCCAGACUGCCCAGUAUAAGGCAUUUCUGUCCUCCAUUCACCUGCCCCAAAUUGAAAGCCCAGCCUGCACCCCCUACCCCGGGCUCCCCACAACUGGUGGUCAGAAUUUUAGCCUGUUGGGGCACACCCUCUCUGCCCACCAUAUUUAAGCGGAGCCCCAGCCAGACAGAAAGGCCCCAGGACGUUAUUUUAGUCCCCUUUCCAGGGACCUCGUGGGGGGAGGGACUCUUGGUGCUACAGCCCUCCCUUCCCUUCCCUAAAGGGAACUCUCACCCCCUACACACACCUUUUUCCUGCCUUCACCACAUACUAGUGCUUGACCCUGGAGGGGCGCCCCACGGAAAAGAUGGGGAAGAGCGAACUAGAUGGGGACGAUGCCCCCUUCAGGGUGCUCGCUGGGAUUCCCACACCCAACACCUCUCAUCCCGUGCCUAGGAGGGGGCUGUGAACGUAACAGUGUUCCCACAGAGCAAAUAAAGCCAAGGCUUUGUUCCCUA